GUCGGUUUAACCGACCCUAUAAGAAAAGAGGAAUUACACUCACAUAACCGACCUCUUGCCCACGCAAAAGGUAAAACUAAAAUAAAAUAAAAUAAAGCGAAAGGUCGAGCGAGUACUUUUAUUUUCCUCUUGAAGAACCCUAAACCCAUCCGCAUCCCAAUUCGAUAGUUCGAAUCGAUUAUUCGAAGAAAUCAUCAUUUGUUGAAUCCGAUUGAAUUUUCUCUGAAUAACGUCUUCGUGAACAAUGGCUACACCAAUGGUUGCAGGAGCUGCUGUAGCUGCAGCUGCUAUAGCUGGUAGAUAUGGUAUACUGGCUUGGCAAGCCUUCAAGGCGAGGCCACGCAUGCCUAGAAUGCGCAAGUUCUACGAAGGUGGCUUCCAAAGUGCUAUGACACGGCGAGAAGCUGCUCUCAUUCUUGGAGUUAGGUAUAAGGUGAAAGAAGCUCACAGGAGAGUGAUGGUUGCAAACCACCCGGACGCUGGAGGCAGUCACUAUCUCGCUUCUAAGAUCAAUGAAGCCAAAGAGAUUAUGCUUGGCAAAUCCACUAGAUCUGGCUCUGCAUUUUGAUUGUCAUGAGUUUCGCAUACGAACCCGAUGAAACUCUUGAUUUGAAUCUGCUCUACAAUUUCGUGUUGUAUAUCAAUUAUUAGUAUGUUUCCAGAGAAAAACAGUUGAUUAAGAUUCAUCAUAUAUGAUAAUAAUCUUUUUUUGUUUAUAUUUUUUGAACACAUCCACGAGAUGCUAACUGAUUCUGGCAAACGUUAAAAUCAAAGCGUGACGUAGUAGUGUAGCUCAAUGCAAGAAGAAAUUAAAACGAAUUUCACAACCAUGGACACAACAGGAUCAAAGCGUGACUGUGGCAAAACCAAGAAGGGAAAUGAGUCAGUCCACCACUAGAUAAAGGGCGGUCCAAUGUUGAGAGCGACGUCGUUUGGUAAAGACCAAAACGAAGGCCUUAGAUGACAAAACUCUCGAGAUUUCCUCCUCAUCUCUUCCAAAGCUGCGUUUAGUUUCGAUUUUGGUCCUCUUCUUUUCAUACAUGCUUUUAGUUAAU